CUAAAGCUCGGUGUCAUGGAUGUGAUGUGCAUUGAAAGGCCCAGAGCAGACAGGACACGUGCCAUGGGAUCAAAACAGUACAAAAUCACACACAAAGAGACCAUCCGAGCGAGAGGGGCUGGGCCGACUGUUGACGCGUCACAGGCGCGUGACGUCACCGCCGCUCCUCUUCCGUCUUCCGGGUUUGUGAGUUUUCUUCAAACAUCGUCAGGCGACAGGAGGACAAUAAUGUCUCAUCAGACGGGUAUUCAGGCUGCCGACGAGGUGAAAGAUGUUUUCGGCGGUGCCAGGAACGGUGCGCACAGACUUCUGAAGAUCAUCAUUGAAAACGAGGAGCUGGUUUUAGGACUCACCAAACCAGCAUGUCGGAGCUGGGAGGAAGACUACGACACUCUUAUGCUUCCUGUGCUGGAUAAAGAGCUGCCGUGUUUCAUUCUGUUCCGUCUGGACUCCACCAACAGCCUGGGACACGAGUGGCUGUUCAUCGCCUGGUCACCUGACCACUCACCUGUGCGGCAGAAGAUGCUGUACGCGGCCACCAGAGCCACGCUGAAGAAAGAGUUCGGUCUGGGACACAUUAAGGAUGAGAUGUUCGGCACUUCUAAGGAUGAGGUUUCUCUCAGCGGCUAUAAGAGACACGUGACGUCUCAGUCUGCACCUGCGCCGCUCACUGCAGCCGAGGAAGAGCUGCGACAGAUCAAGCUCAAUGAGGUUAAUACUGAUAUUCACGUGAACACUACUAAGCAAACUCUUCAGGGCGUAGCGUUCCCUCUGGAUGGAGAGGCUGUGAAAGCACUGCAGAACUUCAGAGACAAGAAACUCAACUACGUUCAACUGAACAUCGAUUUUGAGAAGGAGUUGAUCAUGCUGGCCAUCACGGACGCCACGGAAGUGAAAGAUUUACCCAAGAGAGUUCCCAAAGACGCGGCGCGCUAUCACUUCUUCCGCUUCAAGCACUCGCACGAGGGCGACUAUCUGGAGUCUAUAGUGUUUAUUUACUCCAUGCCGGGUUACAGCUGUGGGAUCAGAGAGCGGAUGCUGUACUCCAGCUGCAAGAAUCCACUGCUGGAGAUGGUGGAGAACAAACUCCACAUGGAGGUGGAGAAGAAGCUUGAAAUCGAUAACGGUGAGGAGCUCACGGCCGAUUUUCUGUACGACGAGGUUCAUCCCAAACAGCACGCGCACAAGCAGGCAUUCGCCAAACCCCGCGGGCCACCCGGCAGGAGGGGAGAACGCAGGAUCACGAAACGACCGGGCGAGGGAGAAGACGCCGAAGAUUAAAGCAACAUCUGCAAACAAACAAACAAUGGAUGACAGAAGCCACACAAAGCUGUCAACCUUUUUAUUUUCACAAAUCUCCUCCAGCGAGCGACACAGACGUCUUCAUGAACUAUGCACAAUGUGACAGGCGUUUGGACUUCUGUUGGUCCGAUCGAUCGCUGGUGUUUGGACCGGCGUGCUGAAAUACUGCAUGUGUGUCUGCAAAAUCAAACUCUGCUGAAGGUCAAAAUUCAUUAAAAAAAUUUAAUCAGAGCAAGAAUGAGUAUUAAAAUCACAACGGUAAAACAUCUGACAGCAAUCUGGCUAAGAUAUUUCACAAAUGAAAAGUAAAUCUCGUGUGCGAUGAUGGUGAUAAAUCCAUCUUUCUAAAAAAAGCUUUCGUGACUUUAAACUGUGCCAAGUUCACAUCAAGUGAUCGACUCGUAGUUACUGCUGAAACACGAACGGCCUCAUUCCUGAACGUUUGUCAUUCCACACGCUUGUGUUGUGUCUUAUAUUGUUUUAUUUUUCUAUUUUAAUAAACUUAAGGGACGUCUUAACAUCUGAUGAAUCUGACCUCACAGACUUGUUUUAGGUCACAAAUGUUUUUUUUUUAAUUUUAACACUGUACUUUUUAUAACAGAAAUAAAUUCCCAUGUUUUUGAUACGA